AUGAUGGCUUUCAUCUGCAUUAUAUCUGCUGUGUAUCUCUUAUAUCUUUGCCUUUUUUAAAAAAUGAAAUUAAGACAUCCUGACAUCCUGUUCUCUCUAAUUCAGGCUGCUAGUCCAUUGCAAGUGAAAUAUGCUGAUGGUGAGUUGGAAAGACUAGAACACAAGAUUUUUGUCGGGAUGCUACCAAAGAAUGUAUCAGAUGCCGAAGUGUCUGGCUUAUUCUCUCAAUAUGGAACCGUUAAAGACUUGCAAAUUUUAAGAGGUUCUCAGCAAACUAGUAAAGGAUGUGCAUUUUCGAAAUAUGAGACAAGAGAACAAGCAGUUGCAGCUAUAGAGGCCAUUAAUGGAAAGCACAAGAUGGAGGUUGUUUGUUGUUUACCAAUUCCUUUGACUUAUAAUGUGAUGUCUUGAAAUAUUAUUACCUGAACUACUU